AUGUGCCGCAUAUACGGUGCCUUUGGCGCUGCUAAAACCUCGCGCCCCGGUCAUGCCCGUUAUGAAAGUGACGGUCUCCAACAGAACAAUAUGACUCGACGAUUCCAAGUCGCGUCACCUCCUCCUGAGAACGAGCCGGUGAUGCCCGAGUUCCAAGCACAUUCUCCAAACGGGAUAAAAUGA